CCUGCCAUGACAGGCCAGGCACGGCAGGAUGGAUUCAGUCUAGUCACGUGAAUAGACCCCUGACGAUGGCUGCCCCUCUUUGCCCCGCCCUAGUCCAGGCUGCCUCGCUGCAUGCUUCAGGGAAAGAGCUCUUAUUGGUGGAGGGAGCUAGAGAGAGCUGCCCUACACAAGGCACCAACGAGGCUGAGACCAUGCUACCACCACUACCCCCCUACCCACUUAGCUAGGUACUACUCCUUAAGACUCUCUCCGAGACAACAUCAUCGCUCUUUACAUCAUUGAAUUGAUGAACAAACUCAAGCACGACGCUGCAGAAAGCAAUAAGUGAGAGGGACAACUGCAACACUAAUACUUAAAUACUGCAUCUCAGCAUAUGGGCAGAAUUCCAGAUUAGGUAGGCAGUGACAGUUGCAGGAGCCUCCUCACACCACUGCCAUUCACAGAUCUAUUGUAAGUUCGUAUUCCUCGUUGUUCUACGUGUUCUACACUAGUCUCUAGACUCAUCUAGAAUUUACCUGGUUGAGGUGGGAUGAUCUUUUGUUUUCACCCCAGAAUCACAACUGGGAACCAACUCAAACGUUCUGCCAUUCACCACUUCUUGGUUCUAUGUGGAGUCUUGUUUCUGUGGUAUCAAGAAGUCAAAUCUCCAAGCUACAAAUAAUCUGCUCCUUGCUCUCUGCUCCCCCCUCCCCCACAAUCAUCAAGCGACCGCACCUUCUUUCCUCAUAGUAUUUCCAUCUCCAUCUCCAUCUCCGCCUCCACCUCCACCUCCCUUCCACCAAAUACUAAUUUCUCACGCCAUCCUUUUGUUAAUACAUCAACAGUUCGCGCAAAGAUCUAUUACAACACAAGUCAAAGACCCAUUUCAUUUGCCUUCCCCAUUGUCUGACAGACAUGGGGCGAAAGGACUACAUCGCAGACGUCGCUGACGUGUCCUCCAAAAAUCUCCCCAGCAUCGUUUCUGUUGCGAAAGGUGGUGAGGAUGGCGAAGUACAUAUUUGUUAUGCUCCUCCAGAUAGAGAUCCUUUCAAUAUUACUAUCAUGUCCACAGGUACGUUACCAAACCAUACAAACGUCAUUGUGUCUCGAUCCCAUGAGGUCCCCAUCCUCAUGUUCCUUCUCAGAUCAACUGACGCCUUGCAGAUGUCUUUAGCUACCCCUCAGAAAACGGCUAUUAUAUCAGCACAGACGACUCUGUGGACCUACCUGCUGGCGUUGACGGCGCAUUGGAAUUGAUCCAACAGUCUUCAAUGGGAACGCGCAUUCAAGAACUGCUCUCUGCGAUUUCUGGGAAUCUUGACCGUCAUUUCUCCAUGGGAACUAGAGAUAACCCAGUUGGCCUUGAUAGUGAUACUGACAUCGAGAUGGGCGAGGGCGAAGACUCAGAAAACGAAGAUGAGAAUGAAAUAUUUCCUGGAUAUCCUGGCUACACUAGCAACGAAGAGUCAAGUGAUGGAGAAACGAAACAAGAUCUGAGCCCAGAAGCUGCGGGUAGACUCAACCGCCGUAUCAGAGCUGACCUUCGAGCUAUCAAGCGAAAUGGUCUCCGAGUUGGGGUACUAGAUGGUGCAAAGGCGGAUUCCGUAUCUAGUCUUAUCAGCAUAUCUACCAAGGUCGACAAACUCGGUCUCUCAGAAGAAGCCAUUCAGGCCUGGGAUUUGGAGCCACAACAGUAUAUCAUACUCCUAGUUCGUUAUAGAGGACGAUACCAAUCUUUCGAGGACAUCAUCUCCGAGGCUGCUGCAAAUUUGAACGUUGAUUACCGAAUUGGAGUCGGCAAAAAGUACAAACCGACACUUGCCGAAGCACUGGCAGCUUUUACUGAUUCCAAGAUAAACGACCCAAACUUUUCCAACGCUCAGGAUUCUGGAAAACAAAGCCAAGCCGGAUUUAGUAGUCUCUUCAUCAGCAGCUCCCUGAACGAAUUCGUGAAUCAAUCACUUAUCACACUCGUCAAGAUCCGAAAUAGCGUAGGGGUCGGUUGGGCAGGGGCCAAAUCCUGGUAUAACGAAAAGCAGUCUAGAAUGGGCGGUCCCGAUGCUGCACCUUCGGAAUCCGUCUGCAACCAAGACGCACUCGACAAUCAAAAGUCUCUUCCGGAUAUGCUCUCCUGUGAUCACUUUACGGAUCACGGAGACGAACAAGUUUCAUUUCCUCUUGUCGCAGCUCAAUUCACUUUGCGAUAUUUGGUCCGUUGUACCGAAUAUUGUUUAGUAUGCCAUGAUCGGAUUGAGGGAGAUUUUGAAGCAUUGAAGCCUUAUGUGUGCAAUAAGCCUCUUUGCUUAUAUCAAUAUAUGUCCCUUGGAUUUGGACCAUCGGUAGAACACGGUAAGCACUGUAUUGUCAUCACCUCGCUUCAGUUCGCUGACAGUAAUUCCAGAGAUUCUCACGCAGCCAUAUGUGGUCGACUUACUCACCAGCUUCUGCUAUGCCGGUGCAAUGGUAAGUUGAGCUCGAGUCCACAGAAUGUAAUCAACUAAACAAAUAUGCAGAAUCAGAGACUCCGAGAGUACCCCACGGGUAUGGCGUUGCUGGUACCUCAAGUAACGAUCAAGACAUCGAGAGAUGGCAAUAAUGGUCGCUAUUAUCCUCCAAAUCCCCAGGAUUCUACUUCUUCAACAGUCCAUCCGAAGACUCUGACAUCAGCUAUGGAAGUUAAGUUUGAUGCUGGCCGCCAAGAGAUUAUCUUUGAUGGCAGAAAGUACGACAAGUCGCCCGUAAAGAAAGGAGACUGGGUAGUUGUUUCUACCAUUGGUAGGUUCCAUACGUACGAAUUGUUGAAUACACACUAACAGCAAAGAAGACCGCACCCCAACGCACCAUCGGGUUGAGGAUACCAUACAAUAUCCAUGUGUCACGCUAUCAAAAGAAGCAACCGCUUUCCAGAAUCCUGACACAAACACCAACGUCCACACCCCUGCAACAACUCCACCUCCUCAGAAUACUAUUCCGGCCUACGUCGUGUCCUACAGUGAAAACUUUGAUGACUUGGACCCAGUAUCCAAGGCCGAGAUUAUCGUCGAUCUUCUGAAAACUCUACCAUCUUUGAAGGAGAUGAGAACUUAUCUUCUAGGCCAGAGUAGAUCAGCUGAGCCCAGACUACGUUCUUGGAAUGAUCGCAUUUCUCCUGCAGCUCUUGGAAUCCUGCGUUGGAUUGUUGCUUCAAAUCGAUCGUGCAUUGUUCAAGUUGACAAAUGUCCCGAUCAAGAUGACACAGAUGCUACUAUGGCAAAAAUCAGACUAGAUCAGAGAAUAGCACAUAUUGGGUCAAGUUACGUGCAGUUCAGAUUUGCCCAAGGCUCUCCAGAUAAAGAACAGCGAUUUCUCAAUGCGCUUAAGGCACAGCAGGCAAACUUGAAUACGGCGUAUCCAACCAUCUUCGCCUGGCAUGGUAGCAAACUCGAAAAUUGGCAUAGCAUCAUCAGAUCUGGAUUGGAUUAUAAGGAUACUUUGAAUGGUCGAGCAUAUGGUCAUGGUGUGUAUCAUGCACGAGAUCAAAAUGUGGUAAGUAUUCUAGAGUAUAAUCAUCUUCAAUUGAAGUAUUCAGCUGACUUUUCUUUGCAGUCCUUAGGCUACUCCGCUCAUGGUUCUGUAAGUUUCUCAAUGACCGCAUUAAACCCGUACACGGAAUGAAUAUUGGAGUUAAUUAUCAAAGGGUAUAUGGCAAGGCUCUUCGUUGAAGAUUGCCAGCGCGAUGAGUCUGAACGAGAUUGUGAAUUGUCCUACACAGUUCGCUAGCUAUACUCCUUAUUAUGUUGUACAGCAUAUCGACUGGAUCCAGUGCAGAUACCUGUUAGUUCAAGUUUCAGCAGGAACAGGAGAUAAUGACUACGCCAGAGAUACGACAGCAAGCGUCAAUGAGUAUGAGAAAUCUUCGACGGUCUGCCGAGAGUCUGUUUGACUGACAUUAAACUAGGAACCGCCAAGAUGAUAUUUCUCAGGAUCCUCAAUACCGGGCAACUUCGACUUUGAAUAAGACUAUCGGCAUACCGUCUUGUGCUAUCACAACCUCGAAGCGUUUCCGUGACGACAAAGAUAAAGUCCUUCAAGCCAAGACCAAGCUCGCCAAGCUACCAAAUAUUUUGAAGCGAAAGCACUCCCAAUCUAGUGGGGCUGCACCCCUGAUGGACGUCAGCGAUAGUGACGAAAUGGAUGAUAUUGCCUUCUUUCUGUCUGAUUCAGAGACCGGCGGUAGCAGUCAAAGCAAGUCGUGAGUAUUUUCACUAGCAAAUUGAGUUGGCAUUAUCCUGUAAUCCAUCCGCUAAUAAGAACAGGUUGCAAACCCCGCUUACAGAUUUUGUUCCCGGAUCGCUUGACCAUUCAACCUUGCCUAUGCUAGAUGAGCCAUCAUACGCUACGCCCAUGGCGACUAAAGCUUUACAACGAAACUUGAAGGAAGUCCUGGCUAUUCAAAAGAAGACCCCACUUCAUGAACUUGGCUGGUAUCUUGAUGAAAAACUUGUCAACAACAUGUAUCAAUGGAUCGUAGAAUUACACUCCUUUGAUCCUUCUCUACCACUCGCAAAGGACAUGAAGGCUUCUGAAGUUACUAGCAUUGUUCUCGAGAUUCGAUUUGGAAAGGAUUAUCCUCAUAGUCCACCCUUCGUCCGAGUUAUCAGACCUCGAUUCCUGCCAUUCUCUGUCGGAGGAGGUGGACACGUUACGGCUGGCGGAGCUAUGUGCAUGGAACUUCUCACAAAUUCUGGGUGGAGCGCGGUCUCAUCUAUUGAAAGUGUCCUCCUUCAAGUUCGCAUGGCCAUGAUGAACCUAGAACCGAAACCAGCUCGUUUGGAAGGGAAGGGUACGAUCAAUCGACAGUAUGACUACCAGGUUGGCGAGGCUAUCGAAGCUUAUAAGCGCGCAUGUCUACAACACGGUUGGCAGAUUCCUAGUGACUUUGGGCAAUUUGCAUUGACUCCAUCCGCCUAUGGUACCUCCCGCGGCUCUUAAAGAUUUCAGACUUUUAGAAUCAGGACCUCGGCCGGUAAAAUGAGACUUUUCUAUUUAUUUUCUUUCUCUUACUAUCCAGGAGUAUGACAUGACAAAUUUGCGGUGGCAGGUUUCACGAUUUGACGAUGGGAAUCAUUUUCGCAAUGGCGUUCAAUGGAUGGAUCUGGCAAGGUGGAUUUAUCAAAUUGAGCGGGAAGAAAGGGGAGUAAGCUGGGCGUGGUACAUGACAUACAUCGUCGAAGCUUUUGAGCAUCUAUGGAUGGCGUUAGGUGAAUCUGGGGGAAUACUGAUACCACUGGGCGUAAUCAUCGUGAGCCUUUUUUCUUUCAGAAAGCUAUGAUGCGAUGGACCCCCUUGAUAUGAAUGGGCCAGGCAAUCUUCUUGGGCGGGAUCGUGUUAGCUACCUAAUAAAUUGAGAUUUCUUUUC